AUGUCGUCCGUCCCUCCGCCGCAGCCACAUUCUUUCCUCAAACCUGACCAAGGUGAUCCCGCGCCGGGGAUGCCUUUUUCGUUCGCCGGCAGAGCUAAGCUCAAGAAGAUCCUGCCCAUUCCGAUUCGACGGAGUAAGUUAGGCAAUGAAGAUCAGGAAGAGGAAGGAGAAGAAGAAGAAGAAGAAGGUGAAUGCGGUGAUGUUUCUUCCAUCUUGCUAGCGUCUUCUUUAGGGCUGAAUCACAUUCGAACGCGUUCUUCCUCUUCGCCUCUUCGCUAUUCCUCCUCUGUUGGCGCUCCUUCCUUCCUCACACAGAAUGCUGUCACUAUCAAUGACGCCAGAUUUAGAUCCAAACCUAAUUCCCAUUCAAAGAGAGAACUAGGGGAAAAAGUUCAUUUGAAUCAAUCCAAAUCGCUCAGAACUCCUUCGCAACUCAUUCCCGUGCUGGAGGUAGCUCAGGUUCAUUGCAUGUGUUUUACACAGGGUAAUCAUGCAGCUUUCGCCAAAGAAAUGCAAUCCCCACGUUUUCAGGAAAUAUUGCGACUUACCAGUGGACGCAGAAGGAGAAACCCUGAUAUUAAAAGCUUUUCCCAUGAACUCAACUCCAAGGGAGUCAGACCAUUUCCAAUCUGGAAACAUCGUGCCUUUGGCCACAUGGAGGAAGUCAUGGCGGCUAUUAGAGCUAAGUUUGAAAAAUUAAAGGAAGAAGUUGAUUCUGACUUGGGUGGUUUCGCUGGAGAUUUGGUGGGCAUUCUUGAAAAAAACUCACUGUGUGAUCGUGAAUGGAGAGAGAGGUUAGAGGAUCUGUUGGUUGUUGCUCAACAUUGUGCAAAGAUGUCUCCUACCCAGUUUUGGAUCAAAUGCGAAUCUAUUGUUCAAAAUCUAGAUGACAAACGUCAAGAAUUACCGGUGGGGAUACUCAAGCAAGCUCAUACACGCCUACUGUUCAUUCUCACUCGUUGUACACGCUUAGUGCAAUUCCAGAAGGAAAGCGGGUAUGAACAAGAUCACAUUCUUGGUCUUCAUCAACUCAGCGACCUUGGGGUCUAUCAUGAGCAAAUUUUGAAGGCUGCCGAGCAGUGUUCAAGUAUUCCACCCGAUGGACAUGAGAUGGAUGAGAAACAGUUAAAUAUGCCACAUGGUAAAGAGAAAGACAAACUGAUAACAACACAGAGUCAAGCUGACCAACAAGUAAGUGUUGCGAUUGACAAUAAGGAGGUUGCUACAGACAAGAGCAUUGAAUCACCUUCUGGCAACUAUAGGAUGUCUUCUUGGAGAAAGUUUCCAUCUGUUGCUGACAAAAAGCUAAAAAGUCAAGAUGCUGUAGAUUCCCCUUCCAAAGGCGAAAUGGAUCACUUGGUAGUCAAAGAUGAAAAUGCUGAAAAUUUGGAAACUUCCUCUUGUCACCCUGAACAUCCACAAUCAUCAACAAGAACGCGAAAGGUUUCUUGGGGAUUUUGGGGAGACCAGCAAAAUCUUACGUACGAGGAUUCAAUGAUAUGCAGAAUUUGUGAGGUUGAAAUACCGAUUGUGCAUGUGGAGGAGCACUCAAGAAUAUGCACAAUUGCGGAUAGAUGUGAUUUGAAAGGUUUAACAGUAAAUGAACGGCUUGACCGAGUUUCUGAAACCAUUGAAAGGAUACUGGAAUCCUGGACACCAAAAAGCACACCGAAAAGCACUGAUACUCCCGGAGAAAGCUUUGACCUCGCCACAUCAAGUGUGCUUGAAGAGUUCAACGAUUUAUCUCUAGAUAGAAAUAACCUGACUUGUAGAUUCUCUGAAGACAUGCUCGACUCUACUACGGAGCCUGACAAUAAUUUUGUCAUGGAUGAUCUGAAUCUUUCACCCAGAAUAUCAUGCGAAGCACGCAUCUGCUUAAAACCUGAUCAGGGAACAAAGGUAUCUUCAGCUGGAAGUUUGACACCAAGAUCACCAUUGGUAACACCACGAACCACUCAGGUAGAAAUGUUACUAAGUGGACGAAGAACAUUGUCUGAACUUGAAAGUUGUGAGCAGAUAAGCAAGCUAGUUGAAAUAGCCCGUGCUGUUGCAAAUGUGAACAACUGUGACUACAGUGCUCUGGAGUAUAUGCUUGAUCGCUUAGAAGACCUGAAAUAUGCCAUUCAAGACAGAAAAGUGGAUGCACUUAUUGUGGAGACUUUUGGACGACGAAUUGAGAAACUUUUGCAGGAGAAAUAUAUCUCUCUUUGUGGGCAGAUAGAAGAUGAAAAGGUGGACUCAUCAAAUAGCGUGGUUGAUGAAGAGAGUUCAGUAGAAGAUGAUACAGUUCGUAGCCUUCGUGCUAGCCCUAUCAAUACUUGUUCCAAGGACCGAACCUCUAUUGAAGACUUCGAAAUAAUAAAACCCAUAAGUAGGGGUGCAUUUGGACGAGUUUUUCUUACCCGAAAAAGGGCAACCGGUGAUUUAUUUGCUAUAAAGGUUCUGAAAAAAGCAGAUAUGAUCCGUAAAAAUGCAGUUCAAAGUAUCUUGGCAGAGAGAGACAUCCUUAUAUCUGUUCGAAAUCCUUUUGUGGUCCGAUUUUUCUACUCUUUCACAUGUCGAGAAAAUCUUUAUCUAGUCAUGGAGUAUUUGAAUGGUGGAGAUCUUUAUUCAAUGUUGAGAAAUCUAGGUUGCUUAGAUGAAGAUAUGGCUCGUGUAUAUAUUGCAGAAGUUGUUCUUGCAUUGGAGUAUUUGCAUUCCUUGAAUGUGAUUCACAGAGAUUUGAAGCCAGAUAACUUACUGAUUGGCCAAGAUGGUCAUAUUAAGUUGACAGAUUUUGGGCUCUCUAAGGUUGGUCUUAUAAACAGCACAGAUGAUUUAUCAGCGCCCUCAUUUUCCGCCAGUGGUUUCCUAGGAGACGAUGAACCAAAACCUCGUCAUUCUUCAAAAAGGGAAGAGCGUCAAAGACAAUCAGUAGUUGGCACCCCGGAUUACUUGGCACCUGAAAUACUUCUUGGCAUGGGACAUGGUGUAACCGCUGAUUGGUGGUCUGUGGGUGUCAUACUAUAUGAGCUUCUUGUGGGUAUUCCACCAUUUAAUGCUGAACAUCCACAGGUAGCUUCUUGUGAUAUGAUAACUCUGUACAUUGAAUUCAUUCCAAUCCUCGUCAUUACCCAUAUUGUUAAAAUAUUUAAUAUAGAUAAGACUGAUGCUCUGUGCAAUGUGUAUACCAAUCAAUCUGUUGGUCACGGAGCCCCCUCUGACACAGCAUUUUGUGCUUUGAUGUUGCUACAGCCUUUUCAUCAGCAAAUUUUCGAUAACAUAAUUAAUAGAGAUAUACAAUGGCCCAGAAUUCCUGAUGAGAUCAGCUUUGAAGCAUAUGAUUUGAUAAACAAAUUACUGAACGAAAAUCCAGUCCAAAGAUUAGGCGCAACAGGAGCAACAGAAGUAAAACGCCACGCCUUCUUCAAAGAUAUUAAUUGGGAUACACUAGCAAGGCAGAAGGCUAUGUUCAUUCCAUCGGCUGAAACUCUUGAUACGAGUUAUUUUAUGAGCCGGUACAUUUGGAAUCCCGAGGACGAACAUUGUCUCGGAGGUAGUGAUUUUGAUGAGAUUACUGAAACAUGCAGCAGUGGUUCAGGCAGUGAUUUGUUAGAUGAAGAUGGUGAUGAAUGUGGUAGUUUAGCAGAGUUCGGAGGUCCACCUCUUGAGGUGCAGUACUCAUUUAGUAAUUUCUCAUUCAAGUUACUUAUCCUGGCUUUGCCAUUGGAUGCUGGUUUAGAUUGCAAGGGAAAAGGAGGUGGUUGCUUAUUUGCUUUCUUGAGUUCAAAUUUGCUGGGGGUCGGGGAAGUGAAAAUGCUCAUGAAUAGGCCAAAGGGCAGAGCAGAGCAUAGCAUCAGUGGAGGGAAGCUGGGAGAAAAUGUGCGUACUCAUUCUCGUGUCCCUUGUUUGCUUCGCGAACUUCCUAAACACAACGCUUCGCUUUCCCAAACAUUCACCACUCGAUGCCCCUUCCACACGCGCUUCCAGGAAAAGGGUGGGAUUUCCCCCAAACAAGUAGCUCCGCUUGUAACUUUUGUUUUAGGAGGCCCUGGUAGUGGAAAAGGUACACAAUGUGCAAAAAUUGUUGAAACCUUUGGAUUUAAGCAUCUGAGUGCUGGAGACCUAUUGAGAAGGGAGAUGAUUUCUGAUAGUAAAUAUGGCUCAAUGAUUCUGAAUACAAUCAGUGAAGGAAAAAUUGUUCCAUCAGAAGUUACUGUCAAAUUGAUUCUAAGAGAGAUGGAAUCUAGUGACAAGCAAAAGUUUCUUAUUGAUGGUUUCCCUAGAAGCGAGGAGAACCGCAUAGCUUUUGAACAAAUUAUUGGAGCAGAACCACGUUUUGUACUUUUCUUUGAUUGCCCUGAAGAAGAGAUGGUGAAUCGCGUGCUGAGCCGGAAUGAGGGUCGAAUUGAUGACAACAUAGAUACAAUGAAGAAUCGUCUUAAAGUAUUUGAGGCUUUAAAUCUUCCCGUUAUUGAUUAUUAUGCUAAGAAAGGGAAACUUUACAGGAUCAAUGCAGUGGGAACAGUGGAUGAAAUAUUUGAGCAAGUUCGGCCAAUUUUUGAGGUGUUCGAGGUAUAUAUUUAUUAG